AUGAAUAAAUUAACUAUCGAGUCCUAACAGACUAGAUCAGCCUUAAAAGUCUAGCAACACAUAUUCAUUGAGCAAUAAGACAUUAAAUCCUGUCGAAUUUGUCUUGAAACUGAACAGGAUAACGAUAAACCCAUUAUACAUCCUUGCAAAUGCAAAGGUUCUCUUGGAUAAGUACAUGAAGAGUGUCUUAAAACCUGGAUAGUUACAUAAAACAAAUAAUUGUUUACUUAGUGUGAAAUUUGCAAGGUUGAAUAUUAAAUUGAAUUUACAUCCCGUAAAGUCUGUAUUCCUGUAUUUAUUUAAAUGUAUUUAGAGAGAAAAGCAUGUAAAUCAAAUUUAGAAAAUAUGAUUGCACUAAUUUGUCUUCUCUUCAUUUUUCUUGGCUUUACUGCUCUCUAAGCAUUUCUAGUUGUUCAAAUCGUCAAUAUUUUUGAUGGAAAUGAUAAAAACAAUCAAUAAUCUAGUUUUUUAAAUAGUCCGAUAACGAUGAUUGGAUUUGCUGUCAUAGUAUUUUUAUUUUUAGUUCCAAUUUUUAUGUGCCUUCUCUAUGUUUUAAAAAAGAUGCUUUUCAUAACCAAAAUCAAAUCAUGGCACAUCUUAGACAGAGUUCAAACUCCUCCUGCUGAAAUUUAGGAAUAGAUUCCUUAGUAAACUUUAUCAAGAAAUGCUUCACAAUUAUUACAAUAAUUACCUAAACUAAAUUAAACUACUUCAAUUCUCAUAUAAGGAAAUGGUUAAGAUUACGAGCAUGUUUAAUUUAUUUGA